CGAAGCGCUCCCACCUCUGGCCUGGAGAGAGCCUGGAGAGACCAAAAGAACUGGCCCAGGCACUGGUUACAGCGAUGGGGAUGCAAAUGGAAAGCAAUGGGGAACGAUGGGGAUGCGAAUUGGGAGCGAUGGGGAGCGCGGGUCAAGGUCGUUACAGCCCCAGAGUGAGAGCACGCUGCUCCAGCGCCCCCCACUGAGACAAACACAGAUGCCCUGCACGGCCCACGCAGCUGCCUGGACAGGGUCCCGCGCCUCUCCAGCCUGGCGGUGGCCGCCCGGCCCCUCCCUCCGCGUUCGCCGGCGGCUGUCUGAAGGCGCCGCUGGGCCCAAAAGAGUCGCCUGGGUCUGGGCAUGGAGGGCGCGGCGGGCGACCCGUACCGGCGACCCGCGCGGCGCACGCAGUGGCUGCUAAGCGCUUUGGCUCACCACUACGGGCUAGACCGCGGCGUGGAGAACGAGAUCGUGGUGCUGGCUACCGGUCUGGACCAGUAUCUGCAGGAGGUCUUCCACCAUCUGGACUGCCGGGGUGCCGGGCGCCUGCCGCGCGCCGACUUCCGCGCGCUGUGUGCUGUCCUGGGGCUGAACGCCGACGGGGAGGCGACCACCGAGGACGCAAACUCCGCGGAGGAGGCCGCUAAGGACUCGGCUGCGGGAACAGUUGCCGGAGGGGACGCGGACGUCAGGGAAGAGGCACGCCUGGCUCUGGGGGCCGACCCUCCCGAACUCACUUUCCGCCAGUUCCACGCACGCCUCUGCGGCUACUUCAGUACCCGAGCGGGGCCCCGGCUGCCCCGCGGAGCUCUCAGCGAGCACAUCGAGACGCAGAUCCGCCUCCGCCGCCCGCUGGUGGAGGACCUUCGCGCUGCGCUGCAGAGCAGUGACGCGCGCUGCCUGGCCCUGCAGGUCGGCCUCUGGAAGAGCCAGUCGGACAUCCCGGAAGCAGCGGCGCACAAACUGCAGCGCGCGCAGGGAGCGCUGGCAGAGGCAGAGGCGCGCGCCCGGCGGCUGCAGCGCGGUCAGGUGGAGGUGCGACUGCGCACCGAGGAGGCCCGCCAGGCGGUGCGGCGCAGCUUGCACCGAGUGCGGGAGCUGGAGGCGCUGGCGCUGCGCGUUCCCCGCAUGCAGCGCCAAGUGCAGCGACUGGAGGCGGAGCUCCGACGUUACAGGUCGGAGGGACCUUGGCCCCUAAACCCCCCACAAACCAGUAUACAUCCAGUAAACAAGAAUGGCGAACCUGAGACCAGAGGAACCAGAGAAGAGGACGCCGCUCCAGGGGGAGCCCAGCAGUCAGACGCCUGCUUAGGGAGCAGAGACACGGAUGAAGAGGAUGAGCAGCUGUUCCGCUCUGUGGAAGGCCAGGCCGCCUCUGAGGAUGAAGAAGAAAGGUGGCGAGAACAGUCCAGGCCCCCACAGGCCCAUGCUGAGGUAUCUGUGGUGCAGCCCUCAGGCUGUGUGAGCAGGUGUGAUGAGCAGACAACUGAGAAGCUCAAGACUCCCUUUGGCCGCUGUGAUGGUGCUGACCACGUCUGUAACCUAGAGCUGGAGACCCAUGUCACCAGGCUCGGGGAACAACUGCAGACCCUCGGCUACCCUUUAUCCCAGGCAGAGCCACAGACCAUGGUGACGACCGAGCAUCUGAGGCUGGAGCUGCAGAUGGUGGAGACAGAGCGGGUACGACUGUCGCUGCUGGAGGAGAAGCUGGUGGACGUGCUACAGCUCCUGCAGAGGCUCCGGGACCUGAAUAUAUCAAAAAGAGCCCUGGGGAAGAUUUUGCUGAAUGCCCUGGACCGGAGCCCCUCACAGGAGGGUACACGUGGCACCUUGGCCAUCCUGAACACCUUGCACCAAGCCUUGGUUGGCUGUGAACUCCUGCAGAGAAACCCCUCAGCGCCAGGAUCCACAGCUCCUGCGCACACGAACCCCUUCCUCAUCUCCUGCUGAGCUUACUGGCCCUGCCUUGGGCCACCAUGUUCAUCCUAACCAUCAUCAGACCAGCCUUGACUUGACAACCAGACUUGCCUCCCUGGUCGACCUGACAACCAUGGGACUAGCUUUGGUGGUCACAGGACCAACCUUCACAGUCAGACUGACUGUCAUCACUGUGGCUUCCUCUGUCGUCCUGAGCGCCAUCAGUGCAGCCUCCAUGGCCCACCUGACCACUGUUGGACUGACUUCUACCGUCUGAAAUGGUCUGACUGUUGUCACUUCUGCAGAACUCUGGCAGCCAAGGCUCCUUCCAAAACUGGGUCUGGCAGCUGCUCCUUCCUGGGGCCUCUCACAUUCUCACAGAACCCCCACACUGAAACCCUGCAGUUGCUAGAUCAGCCUAUACCUGAAGCUGUUGAUCUUAUGCCGGGCACAGUACACAGUACAUCGAAAAUCUCUGCCCUGCUUGCUCCAGCUGAUUCCCUGUUAUCUGACCUGCUCAAGAAGGGCCAGUUCUGACCCUGAUCAGGCUACAUGUGUGUUAGAACCUUGUGUGGUCAGAUGUGCAAGGAGGAACUCCAGGCAAAGGGAACAAUCCAUACUUUGGCAAGUCUAACUUUGUGAGCUCUGCUAUGACCUCCCAGGAAAGACAGAAGAAAAUCACGGAACGCUUCUGGGGAACAAGGCUCAUGACCUCGUGGAAUACAACUAGCGCACCCUGGGUUUUAUUUUGCUGUCUUCUUGGUGCCAGGGCUGCCCCAGCACUGCAAGAGCUCCCCCACCAAGCACACCCUUCACCUCUUUCUGUUCUUUUCCUGCCCUUUCGCUGGAGCAUGGCAGGCACAGGUUUCAUCAGAACCUUGACAAACUGAGAGAAAGAACAUUCCUGCAGCCAGAUCCCCCAGCUGGCCUGUCCCAGCCAAGUGAGGGGGAACCAGAGCCGAGUUCAGGCCCACUGAGACAGCCGUGAUCACAGGUGUUGUGUUUAGUUCUGUUGUUUUACACAGGCUCAAGGAGAGAAGGAACCAGGAAGGCUUUGCCAUCGCGGAGCCUGGGAAGCUUUGCUGCCCAGGAAGCAGCACAGUUAUUGAAAGUGGACUUUGAUUAGUUGUAGAUGGGUGUUGUGGAUGUUGAGACAAAUACUAGGAAAAGAAGGAGGGGGCCGGGAUAUACUAGGAAAAGAGAAAGUGAUAUUAUAUAAACUACUUCUUCAAAACCACAAACGGCAGACUAGGAGCUGAAGACAGAACAAAAGUUAUUAAACAUGAGCAGUUAUGUAAGGCAUCAACCCCCCGCCCCCCGUCAGCAGCAUCACCCCCCCCCAAAUAGUAGUGGUCUCAUUACAAUAACCAAAAUAUCUGGAUUCUCAGACCAAACGACAAGAUGUCUACAAGGAGGCUGGAGGGAUGGCUCAAUAGAUAAGAUCACUUAUUGCUCUUGCAGAGGACCUGGGUUCAAUUCCCAGCACCUACAGAACCACUCCCAACUUCCUAUAACUCCUAUUCCAAGUAAUCUAAAUUGCCCUCUUUUGACUCUGUGGGCACACAAGUGGUACACAAACAUACACUCGGGCACAAACAUAAAAAAUAAAUAAACUUUUUUAAAAAUUCACUUUAGAUAUAGACACAUGGGUUAAAGUGAAGGGGUAAAGGAAAAUACUACUGUACCAACAGUAAUUCAAUGAAAGCCUUCAAGGCAAGGAAAAGUAUCGGGGGAGAAAAAGGUAUCACAUAAUGUCAGAGGGGUCAGCUCACCAAGAAAAUAAUGUGUGUACUUAACAACAGCCACAAACUACCUGAGACAAAAAUACAAAUGCAUAGUGAUGCACGCCUUUAAUCAUAGCACUCAGGAGACAGAUGCAGACAGGUCUCUGAGUUCGAGGCCAGCCUGGUCUACAUAGAUCUUGUCUCAAAAAUACAUAUUAAUAGAGCUUCAAGAAACAGAUGAGUCCACUAUUGUAGUUGCAGACUUCAACAUACUUCUAUAAGAAAUGAACAUAUCCAGCAUGUAUGGCAUUAGUAACGCUGAACACACCAGAGCCAACAACCAGAUGGGUUCAACGACACAGACUACUCAUCCCACACUGGCACAAAUGCAACCUCUUCAAACUCGGACAGCAGUCUUCACAUUCCGGCUACAAAUGUCCUCCGCCAAUCAAACUGUGGAAACCAUGCAGAUCUCUCAAGAGACAGACAGCAAAAUUAAACUCGUAACAUAACAUUUAAGCAUUCCAUAAAUGCUUAAAGAUUGAAUAGCAUAUUUCUACAUUAAAUAUAUAUCAAAGAAAAUUUUCUAGAGUAAUCUGAAAACACUUUUGGCUAAAUGAAAAUAGAAACAUAUCACAUCAGAACAUACAGGACACGAGAAGAGCAGAGCCCCGAGGGACUGCAUGGCAGGGGAGUGAGUGUGUUUGCAAAGUCAGUGUUCCUCCACCUCAGGAAGCUGUCCGGUGAAAAACAGAUUGUAAGACCAACUUGCCAAGUACAUCCGAAUUUGAGCUAUAGAAUCAACUCAAAGUAUACAGAUGAAAAGAAUAAAAAUUAAAACAGAAAUCAGACUCAAAAUAGGAUAUCAGAAAAGAAAAUCAACAAAGUCAAAGCUGGUUCUCAGGAAAGAUUACAGAAGUAGUUAAUAAAAGCAUCUUGCAGGGGCUGGAGAGAUAGCUCAGUGGUUAGGAGCACUGGAUGCUGUCUCGGAGGACCCAGAUUUAAUUCCCAGCACCCACAUGGCAGUUCACAGUUGUCUGUAACUCCAGUUCCAGGGGAUCUGGCACCAAUGCACAUAAAAUUAGUUAUUAAAAAGAGUUUAAAAUAUUUAGUUUUUUACAAAUAAACUUCUCUCCCAGCUAAUCAAAGAAAAAACAGAAGAAACACCUUACUAAUACCAGCGGCGAAGGAGGGAUGUCAUUACAAGACAAAUCUCAACAGAACUAAAGGAGUUGAAAUAUGACUGUAAAUAAGUCUUGUGAGUCAAUGAAAGGGAUCCAUUCCUUGAAAAACACAUAAAAGCCACACAUGAAGAAACAGACAAUCUGAUAGAUAUUAGAUAAUAUAGUUAACAAUUAACAAAACAAAAAUAGCAGGCCCGGGACAAGCUCUCCGGCACAUUCUACGCUGACCUGUAAGAAAAGGGCUGUACAAAUCAUCUAGUCUCUUCCAGAAAACAGAAGCAGGCCUUCUUUGCAGCCCCUUCUGAAAGGCCAGGAUUGUCAUUGUGCCAGCAAA